CUUCUGUUGACAGGCAGCUGGUCUAGGCGCAGCUGCAGGCGAGCAGCGAGUAGCUAUGAGUGCUACAGCUGCCACCCGUCCGAUUGGCCCCGAAUCUUGGCAGUGUGGCACGAUAAAAAACAUCAAGCUCUCGCAGGCAAUUGUCUCUCGUAGCGAGAGAGGGGUGAGUGGCAGCAAAUCUCUGGAUGCGCUCCCUACUUUGCGUGACGCCAUCACCGAGGCAAACAACGGAAGAAUACACGACUACAUGAGGGACACACGAGCGGUAGCCGAGCGGCUGAGGGAGAGUCUAGUUCAGACAAACGAAGAGAUAAAAUCACUGAAUCGCUGCAAGGAGAGUCUCGAAAAGGCUUUGGAAUACAAGAGGAAAGAUAUCGCUUUGAAUCAUCACUCUAAAUUUACACGGCAGACAAGACCUCAAAGAGAAAAAAAACCAGAUGGUGCAGAUGAGCUGUUGAGCGCUGAGCGCGCACAUUUGUUUAAGCUAAAGAAACGUCUAGAGUUAUGUCUCCACAAAGUUCAGCAGCAUCUACUUUACUUGGCGAGCAUUCGAACAAACCUGUGUUCGAUUUUCAGCGAGAGGUCUCGAGUUUUGGAUCUUAUUUGUCAUUCACGAGCUUCAGCAAAUAUAAGUAAAGGGAAAGUUGAUGGCAAUAGGCAACGACGUACUUCUAGUGCUAAGGCGGAUCCACUGAGUUCAUAUAGCCCUGCUGCAGCUGCAGCACUUAAUGAGUCUUUAGUUGCUCGAAGGCAGUCAGCACAACUGAGAAGUGAGAGUGCUUCAGCAAUUGAACAUGCAAAUCGUCUUCAAAUGGCAUCUCAUAUGUCGGUCAAUGAAGGGUUGACUCAGAAACUGGCCGAAACUAUAACUCUAAAGCAACAUCUGAAACUAGGAAUUGGUGACACCAAAAUGGCUACUCACCGUGCAGAACGCUGGUAUGAUACUCAGAACUUAGCAAGAGGAUACGCCCUUGGACCUGUUUCAAUGUCUGACAUUAACACCAGUGAGAAACUUGAGCGUCCAUUAGUUCAAGUGUACCAGCGUCACCCAGGAUCUGAUCUUACUGAAGCCAAGCAGUUGAUUAAAGCAGCUUACGGACUCGACCAGUCCAUAGCCAACACUAAACGCAACAUUGGUCUUCUAAAACUGGCAAGAGAGCGACUCGAAGAUGACGUUCGUGACAAAAAAGCAGCUGCUGUCAUUGAUGGAAAGAUAGUUCGUAUGCGAAGACGUUGUGGUGACCACCGCUGGGUGAUGGGCAGCACAGUAUACUAACAGUCAACUAGAAUGUUGACUUUUAUGCAUGAAUAUGUGGUGUAGUGCAGUGUAACUGCAGUGUAGCAGACUAUUUAGCUGUGUAGAUGGUAGUGUGUUGCAAGUUUGUUGUACUGAUAUCUACUGUGGUGUAAUUGGUCAAGGUGAAGCGAUUCAGCAAUAUCAAAACAUAAUCACAAUCAAAGAAAGCAGAAAUGACUCUACGAGU